AUGCUUUUCCUCUUUUUUUUUUUUUGGGGGGGGUUCUCUCUGGUGACCUAAUAAUUUUUCCCCCUUGCCGUCUGUGACUCUGCUUGACGUUUCUUCUCCGGCAUCCCUCUGUUUGCGGGGUUGCUCCGGAGCGCGUGUCCGUCGGGGUUGUGAGAUAGUGAACAUCUACAUUUGCCAAAAUCAUUUCACCGCCCGGAAAAUGUCCGAGAAGCGCCCUGGAGGCGGCGGGGUUGGGGCGGAGGCGGAGACGCGGUGGUUUCCGCAGCAAACAAAAGACGGUCGUUCCGCGCCGUCGGCGCCAGAUCAACCUGUCUACUACCUCCUCCUUCCUCCGCCUCCUCCUGUCCUCUACCGGAGACCCGCUACCCGGUGUUCGAUCUUGUUUAGUUCCCUGACCCUAUUUUUUAUCCUCUGCCUCCUCUCGGUCACCGUUUUCGUCCUCUGGCCCUCCGAUCCGAGGCUCGAUGUCGUCCGCCUCGAGCUGGACCACGUCCGGGUCUCCACCAAGAAUCCCGCUCCCCCGUCCCUCUCCGGCAUGCCUUCCGUCUACCUUGACAUCUUAAUGAACGUCACAAUUAGGGUUUCAAAUCCGGAUUUCUUCGGCGUCAAUUACCGGUCGGUCGCCGUCUCGAUUGGAUAUCGAGGGAAGGACCUGGGGUUCGUGACGUCCGAGGGCGGGGGCAUCCGAGCCAGGGGAGUCUCGUAUAUUGACGCUGCGCUGGAUCUCGAUGGGAUCCAAGUGCUCCAUGACGCGAUAUAUCUGCUCGAAGACCUGGCGCGAGGAUCGAUCCCCUUCGAGUCCUUGACGAACCUCGAAGGAGAACUCAAUCUCUCCUUCUUUCAGGUUCCGCUCAGGGCACGAAUUUCUUGCGAGAUGUAUGUGGACACAAGCACCCAAAAUAUCAGCCAUCAAAACUGCUAUCCGGUGGUUAGUUAGGUGCAAUUACGGUCUUCUUGGUAAACAGGUGAUUCAGAAUUUUGUGUUCUUACUUCUUAUGAUGAAAGAACUGAUUCCUUUUUGUUCCAGUGAUGGAGGAGCAAAGAUUUGGUCUGCUGGGCAUACACUCUCGUAAUGUUUACCUACUUUUGAUAAACUGGAAUGAGUAUGUGGUAAAUGGUAUUUGAAAUAUAAAGCCGAAGUUAAUUCAGCAAGAGGAUUCUCCUGUUGCUUUGUUAUGUAGGUGGUACCUGUAUAUCCCAACUUGUUUCUUCAAAGACCAGCAAAUAAGUUUCCUGGUAGUACAGUAUUUUUAGUGAUGCUUUUUUCAUGAAAUUAAACAAGCACUAAAAGCUUGUUCUGUCCAUAUGUUUGAUGUAAGCUUACCUUAAGAUUUCGGGAGAUAUCGAGUUCUGUGGAUAGUUCCAGGCAAGUAAGAGUGGAUCGUCUCCUAUGCACAAAUUUCAGAAGAAUGGUGGCGUUCAGCUUGUGGGGUUGAUGAUAACAUUGCUGGGUAUUAAUUAUGUUAUAAACCCCAAAGAUGCCUUUUUUUUUGUUUCUGCUGUUGGAAACCCUUACAAAUAUUGAAACUGUGUUUGGUCAA